AUGCGUAUCUCGGACAAGGCGGGCAUGGACGUGGAUGCAGACCUCGACCGUGCAGCCGACAUUCCCCUAGGGGCCGUGCGGCCACGCAACCGCGCACCCCGCGACAAGCCCAGCUCGUCGUCGGUCGGCAGCGGGACGCGGCCGCCGUCACUCUCGCAGCACGCACAGCGCCCGGGCAGCAGCCGGCGCCUCGCCAAUAUUCCGGAUGCAGACACGGACGAGUCGGCGGCGCCCUCGGUCGAGCAGUGGCUUGAGUCGAGUGCGCCGAGCGCGCGCACGGGCGAACGGCGCGCACGCCGCGAGCGUGCGCCGUCGUCGAGCCACCGUAUGCGGACGGACGACACGGCGUCGGUGCGCGAGCGCAUCUCGCGCAACGACCGCGCGGAGGUGAUGAGUGCCAAGGCGCUCUCGUCCUCGUCGCGUGUCCUCUGGCCUGGCCGGGGCGACACGGCGUCGCUGCGGGGCGACGUCGGGGGCGACGUCGGCGACGCGUCAGCCAAGACCUACGAGCGCAUCGCCAACUGGCGCGAGCGCAACGCUGUCGCAUCCGAAGCGGUCGAGGGCAUCGUCCCGCCGUCGCUGCGCAAGUCGACGAGUUGGCUCAGCGGCGCAGACACGCCGUCGGCGCGCAGCCGCCCCCGGACGCAGUUCGACGCGCUGAGCGUCGCGAGCUCGCGCCGUGCGCCCCGCGCCUCGGAGGCGCCGACGACUGCAACAGUGCCCGAGCGGCGUGCGCUGCCGAACGCGACGCCGUACAAUGCCGACUCGCCGCUGCGCAACGUGCUCCGGUGGAUGGGCCAGGAAGAGAUGCAAGGCAUGAUACCCCUCCUGGGCUACGCGGCCGUGGUGCUCGUGCGCUGGCUCGUGGCGCUCGGUGGCUACAGCGGGCGCGGCAUGCCGCCCAUGUACGGCGACUUUGAGGCGCAGCGCCACUGGAUCGAGCUGACGCUGCACCUGCCGACGAGCCGCUGGUACUUUUACGACCUGCCGUACUGGGGCCUCGACUAUCCCCCGCUCACUGCGUGGGUAAGCAUGGCGUGCGGAUGGGUCGCCUCGCUCUUCCCGGCGCUGCGCGCGAGCUUUGCGCUGGACACGUCGCGCGGGGCCGAGUCGCCCGGCCUCCUCGUCUUUAUGCGCCUCUCGGUGCUCGCGCUCGAGGCGCUCGUGUACAUGCCCGCGGUCGCCUUCUUUCUCGAGCGCCGCCUCGAAGGGCGGAGUACGCGCGCGCGGCACGUUGCGCUGUACACGGUCCUGCUGCAGCCCGCGCUGAUCCUUAUCGACCACGGCCACUUUCAGUACAAUGCCGUGAUGCUCGGCCUGAGCGCCAUGUCGUUUGCACUGCUCUACUCGCGCCUGCCCAACGUGCACGUCCGCGCAGGCAUGCGCCCCGGUACGGACACGGCCAACUCGGCUGGCCUGCAGCGCAUGCUGCUCGACUCGCUCAGCCGCCAGAUCAGCUACGAGUACGUGAUUGCGGCCAUCUUUUUCUCGCUGAGCCUGUGCUUCAAGCAGAUGGCGCUGUACUAUGCGCCCGCGGUCUUUGCCGUGAUGCUCGGCCGCUGCGUCGGCCUCGCCGGCCAGGGCUGGCGGCGCGGCGCGUGGCUCUUUUUAGGCCUCGGCGCGGCGACGAGCGCCACGUUCCUCGUGGCAUUCCUGCCGUGGGUCGGCCACUGGCAGAGUCUGCAGCAGUGCAUCGUGCGCAUCUUUCCCCUGGCGCGCGGCCUGUUUGAGGACAAGGUCGCAAACGUGUGGUGCUUUUUGAGUGUGCUGCCGCUCGGCAAGUACAAGCUGCACCGUGCGUUUGCCGCGACGACGCUCGCCAAGGUGAGCCUGGUCGCGACGUUGGUCGCGCUGCUCCCGGGCUGCAUCCUCCUGUUUCGCGCGGCGGUCGAGACGUGCCGCCUGGAAAUGAUCCUCGACGACGCGCAGGCCGAGCAGGUCGUCGCGAACGUGCGCCGCCGCGGCGGGUCGGUCGCGUCCGGCCGCGAAGGGACGCAAGUCGGCUCGCAGCGCCCGACGAGCGUGCGCGAGUCGGUCGCGCGGAGCGUCGCGCCGUCCGCGCACGAGUCGAGCCGCGGCUCGCUCUCGGACCGGCGCUCGACGACCAGCGGCUCGCUCUUUGCGGGCAGCACGUCGACGUGGAUGGCGAACGGUGCGCCGCGCCCGCGACCCAAGACGCGACAAGCGCCUGCGCGGCCGCAGUCGUCGUCGCCGUCGCCCGCCGCGACACUCCUCCCCUAUACCCUGCUCUCGACUUCGCUCGCCUUUUUCCUGCUGGGCUUCCAGACGCACGAAAAGAGCAUUCUGCUGCCCCUGCUCCCCCUUACGCUCCUGCUGACGACCAAAGGCGACCGCACCGGCGCCGGGGCGGCCGUGGCGGACUGGGAGUGGGCGGUGCUUGCGAACAAUGUGGGCGUAUUUGGACUCUGGCCGCUGCUGCAGCGCGACGGGCAGGCGAUGCCGCUGGUGCUCCUCACGCUCGGAUGGAACGCGCUGAUCGGGUACAAUCCGUUCGCGGCGCUGCACACGACGCGCCAGACGUUUGUCGCCUGGCUCAGCGCGGCAGUGCACCUCGGCAUGGGCGGGCUGCUGGUGCUCGAGGCGGUCGUCCCCCGGGCGGCGCCGUCGCUCUUGGCGCGGUACCCUGAUCUAUUCGCGGUGUUCAACGUGCUGCUCGUCACCCCCGUGCUUGUUUUGCUCUUCCUCUGGACGACGAAGAAGCAGGUGGGUAUCGGGCUCGCAACGGGGCUCUUGUCGCUCUCAAGCAAGAGCAAGGCUCGUGUACUAUAG